GUCAUUAGAUCACAGCAGCUCUUUUACAAUGAAAACCAGACAGCAUGCUACCGUCAGCUGAGACGCAUUGACUACAACAUUCAAUAGGACCAGUCAACCAGUCGUCCCCGCCAUCACCGCUACAGCUAUGCCCAUUGCAGAGCUUCUGGGAGUCCAGUUCGACAUGCAGCUGCUGUUGAAACUGAGUAUCUCCGUGGCUGCUGUGCUGCUGGUUUCUUGGGCCUACAGGCUCUACAGCUCCAGGGAUGCGAAGAAAAUUCAGGCCUGCAUCGAAGACAACAAAGAGCCAGAAAGCGCAAAAUGCCGAAACUGCAAGACUUCACUGCUACGUCAAAACUCACCAAAACAUGACACCGAUGAUGGGGGCCAGCAACCCAGACCCUCGCACACAAACUCAGCCCCCGAAGACCUGACGUCUGACAGCACCAAGGAAAUACCAGCAGACGCUCGUCCGACCCAAGCCGAAAAGAGCGAGGAUGCACGUAGAUUGCCAUAUAGUGAUCGAGACGUUAGUUUGAAAGACGAGAUACUCGCUCAUCAGAAGCAAGCAAAGGUUGCCACCAGUAAUAUUUCAUUUGGAUCUGCUUUGAAGCUUCCUCAUCCAGCAGAGAGAGGGAUGGUCAGUACAACAGGGCGCCGCUCCCCUUGCUUUUUGCAAAAGCUGGAGGGCAGUGUGGGUGUGGGCAGGGAGUUAAGGCAGGACUUUGAGCGCCAGGGGGCCUACUCCAGCUUCCUCUCCAAGGCAGAGAUCAAAGUGGAGGAUGCUAACGUGGUGCUGGAAGGAACAGGAGACCAGAUUGUGCGCGGGAAAAUUUAUGAUUAUUAUGUUGAGUCCUCCUCUCACUCUAUUACGGACUCAAAUACUGUGCUAGGUCAGUUUGAGAGGAGCUCUGAGUUACAGCCAGCUGAGUUUGGAAGUCGCGGCAGCAGCCUCGCAGAAUCUCCUUGUACCCUGAGCCCCAUCAUUAUUCGUGAUCUGGUUUUACCACAAAGCCCUGCCGAGGAUCCUUCCUCGCUGGGAGGCCUCAGGCCGAGGGACCCUGUGAGGCCUGUACUCCUACGCAAGGGGAGCUAUCUGUCUGCAGCUGAGCAGUCUGAGCUUUCCAUCUCCUUUCUGACAUCAAGAGCCUCGACUCCAAUGACUCACUCGCUGGCCUCAACCACCGAUGAGUCCGUCUGUGUUCGCCCUAUGAGCUUGAGCUCAACAGACAACAAGGAGCUUAAUGUGAGGGAAGGGACAGACCUAGAAAGUGUAGCAGGGGCUCUAUUUUUACACUCUCCAACAAAAACUCUCAACAGCACAGAUUUGGAAAGCUUGAAGAGUAAACUUGAUCUGGGUAACUGUUUGGAGACGCUAUACCUGGCCAAGAAACAUGGCCAGACCUCUGUGCAGCAAGCAGCCUUGGGAGUCAUGUCAGACAACUACCUCCAGGUGCUCAGGGACCCCAACCUUUAUGGGCGGCUAAUGGCUGGCGAGCGGGAACAAAUCCAGAAACAGAGAAUGAGAGGGAGACGGUUUGUCAUGGUGGCAGAUAUGGACCCUCAAGACUGGGCGAGGAACACAGGAGGGCAGACAGCAGAGACAGAGCAGAGGAGGACAUCCAGUGCAGUGUACUAUUAUGAUGACUACAAAGACGUCUGGCAUACACUCUGCCCGAUCCCACAGGAGGUCAUCUCUAAAGCCUGUGCCAUGUGCACAAUGGAUAACUACUUAUUUGUGGCUGUGGGCUGCCAAGGCACAGACAGAGAGAUGACACCCUCAAAGCGAGUGUUUUGCUACAAUCCUUUGACAUCCAUUUGGAAGGAGAUCAGUCCUAUGAAUGAAGCCAGGCCCCGCUGCAAACUGGCCGCUCUGGAGGGCUACAUCUACGCCAUCGGAGGGGAGUGCCUUUCGUCAGUGGAGCGCUAUGACCCGCGAUUGGACAGAUGGACAUUUGUGGCUCCACUGCCUAAUGAUACAUUUGCUGUGGCACAUCAAGCCACAGUGUGCAAUGGAGAGCUUUUUGUUUCCGGGGGAACUCUUAGAUAUAUCCUACUGCGUUACAGCCCCAAAACCAACACCUGGAGGCCAAGUCUGUUAGUCGGCAGCAAAGACAGAACCGCAGAUAUGGUUGCUGUGGGGAGAUUUCUCUAUCGGUUUGAUGUUAACCCGGUGCUGGGCGUCAGCGUGUACCGCUACCAUACGGUGGCUCGGCUGUGGUACGAGUGCAGCUCCAAGCGGCUUCUGCGCUGCCCUGCCUUCCAGUGUGUCACGACGGACGGCACAAUCUAUUGUGUCAGCCGCCAGUUCACCAUGAGGUUUGAGGCUGAUGAGAUCUCCCCUGCUUUCACAGAUGAGAAUUUGAGUGUCCUCUCUGCAGCGAAGGGCAUACUUUUCCCCUUUGUCCUUUCACUCCCUGAUAAGAAGCCUCGGCAGACCCGUGUGUAGCGUGGACUCAGUUUUCCAUUGAUGAUAAGAUUAGGUGGUGAUGGAGUAUCGCUACAGGAGCAUGCUUUACAUCAAGUUUUUGGUUGACUGAGCGGGUUUUGCUUCGCCCAGCCCAACCCUCAAAUGUUAUUGUGAAAUUGUAAGAAGUGCUGUUGUCAUUUCUUUGAGGUGUUACUAAAAUCACCUUUCCACAAAGCUUCUGUUACUUAAACCACUUUAUUUUAUUUAUUUAUUUUGGAUUGGGUAUUACACAAAGAAAUGUGUGUUUCUCCUGUCUUGGUCCCUGGCAAUAGAUGUAACGUAUUAGACUCUUAAUGUUAGUCAAACUACUGUUUGCUUAGAUUUACGCAGGAUGUGCUGCCAUGUAAAUUGUUCUCUUCUUUGAUUUGCCACUCCUUCCUGCCAUUAAGUUAGUUUUAUAUCAUUCCAGAUGCUUAACCUCUUCAGCUUUGAAGAUAAUUCACAAAUAAGCCUCAAAGUAAAUGAGUUCAUUCGGCUCUAACGUAUUACAGAGAUUGGGCAAUAUAGUGAUAAUGUAUCACUGCUCCAGUGUGUAGGGCACAAAAAUAACUUACACAGUGGCCUGGAUACAAUGCAAUUAUCUACAGUUGCUCUUUAAAUAUGACAGGACUAAAUGGCUUUGUCAUGCAAUAUAAAUAGGUGAUCUUCUGAAAGAAUUUGUCUGUACUUCUGAAACUCUUCCGACACUCUGACUUGCAGUUAUUUUUAUAAUGCUAGUCACUCUCCUUUGGUGGCCAUUUGUUUUAAUCUUGACUGAGCAGAUUCUUUGCUCAUUGUACCGACUAAAUCUCUUUGUUUUGUCGUCUAUUGUUCCAUAAACAUCAAAGAAAUAUAUGAAUUUGUCAUUCACUGCUUAUUAAUCCACAAUUAAUGGUAUUAAGUCAAAUGUCUAUUCCAGUAUUUGUGCAAAAGUAACCACUAAUAGAAUAACACAUGAACAAUAUUAACACAUGGUUUAUUUUUUAAGUGUUGUGCAAUUAAACUAACAAUGGAAAUAUGCAUAAGAAAGAUACAAAUAUUAAAUCCCUCAUUG